UAAAUCUACUGAUGCAUUGAUCUUUUAAAAUGUUAUCUCGGCGGGUUUGUUUGUGUGACGACAACAGGCUUGCAAGCACCUUGUCUGCAGAGGACGUGAUGUUUGUUCCAUGAUGCAGAAGAUGCAGUCGCUGAAUUUCCCUGUGGAAGUGUUAUUUUUGUUUUUAACAUUAUUCUCAGUGAGAGGUAACACGAUAGAAAAUGGGACGGUUCACUUCACUGAACAAUUAUACGCUACCGGAGAUAAUGUAGAGUUCUGGGUGACCGCGGACAUUAACGAGACCAAUGUCAACGACUCCAUCACGGUCAUCAUAUAUUUUGGUGAUGGAGAUUCUUGCGAAUCUGUUGACAAGACAGCAUCUGGUCUGAAAAAUCUUAGUUCAACAUGUCUGUGCAAUCAUUCCUACGAGUUACAAGGAAACUUUUCUGUGUAUGCUCGUCUGGAAUACAACGGCCAUACUUACAACACUUCCGGUCAAAUUAUUUAUAUUUGGAACACAGUUAAUGCGUUUAGAGGUAACACGAUAGAAAAUGGGACGGUUCACUUCACUGAACAAUUAUACGCUACCGGAGAUAAUGUAGAGUUCUGGGUGACCGCGGACAUUAACGAGACCAAUGUCAACGACUCCAUCACGGUCACCAUAUAUUUUGGUGACGGAGAUUCCUGCGAAUCUGUUGACAAGACAUCAGCUGAUCUGAAAAAUCUUAGUUCAACUUUUUUGUGCAAUCAUUCCUACGAGUUACAAGGAAACUUCUCAGUGUAUGCUCGUCUGGAAUACAACGGCCAUACUUACAACACUUCCGGUCAAAUUAUUUAUAUCUGGAACGUGUUUAGAGGCAACAGGAUAGAAAAUGGGACGGUUCACUUCAAUGAAGAAUUAUAUACUACGGAAGCGAACGUGGAGUUUCGAGUAACAGCGGACAUUAUCGAGACCAAUGUCAACGACUCCAUCACGGUCACCAUAUAUUUUGGUGAUGGAGAUUCUUGCGAAUCCUUUGACAAGACAUCAUCUAAUAUGAAAAAUCUUAGUUCAACAUGUCUGUGCAAUCAUACCUACAAGCUGCAAGGAAACUUUUCAGUAUAUGCCUAUCUGGAAUACAACGGCCAUACUUACAACACUUCCAGUCAAAUUAUUUAUAUUUGGAACACAGUCAAUGUCGAAAUUGAUUCGAAAGAUAUUGCUGGAGUAGAACAAAUAAUUCAGUUUAACCUGGUGCCAGUUCCUUCGUGGGAUAUAUUCUAUAUCAUAGACUUUGGAGACAAUGAAAAUUUAACACAUCUGUCAAAAUCAUUCCAAGAGUCCUACAGGUCAAUUCCCAUUGAACAUGCAUACUCAGCUCCCGGGGUUUAUAAUGUAACACUGAACGCCUGGAACACAGUGUAUAGGAAAUUUCAUUACAAAAUUGUCAGAGUGGAAUACCCGAUUCCUAAUAAUAGUUUAUCCAUUUCUCCCAUGUCUGAUAAUAUUCCAUUUCCUACUGGAAAAACUGAACUGACAUUAACAUACUUGGGAAAUCCGGAUCCCACAAAUGUUCGUUGCAUCUUUCAGUAUGGGGAUGAAGAAGAAAUGCAUCCUGCAAAUCUCACGAACGCUAAACCAAUUCAGAAGGUUCACUUUUACAAGUCUAUAGGAACUAAGAACGUAAAUUUUACGUGUACCAAUGACUUAACUGUGCAGAGUGUGCAUGCAGUUAUGAAUGUAUUGCCAUACACAUUAAAUGAAUUUGAUUUUCAGUAUUCGAAUCCAAGACGCAUGAGCAUGACCUUGGAACCAGUAGAACCGACAGAUAAUUACCGCCAUUAUUACAAGUCUAUUUCAGUGCCUGUUCAAGUAACAUUUACCAUUGUCUUAACGAAGUUCAAACGAAUCCCUCCUGGUAUAAACGUCACGUGGAAUUUUGAUGAUGGGACACCCAAUGACGUUUUUCUACUUAAAUCAAAAAAGAAGAUUCAUACAUUUUUCAGCGAACGCAGAACAUAUGAUAUGGUCAUAAAAAUGGAAUCUAGUUUCGCCAAACACACAUUUUAUCGUAGUAUAACAUUAGGUGUGAUUGACUUCGGAUGUAGUCCGAAGAAGUUUGACUUACGGCAAGUAAGCACGAAUUGUGAUGUUAAAGGGAUAAUCGGAACUCCUACAUACAAGUUUUCUUCAGAUUCCACUUUUUCGACAUCAGAAAAAAGUAACCUUUAUGUCAAUGAAAACAUGAAUGGCUCGAGAUAUGCUGUGAAUUAUCAGAAGUAUGGCUUCUACAUUCCAAAAGUCGAGUAUGAUGGAGAAACGGUCUACCUGAGUCAGCCUCUGAUUGCCGACUAUGAGCUAGACGAUGCCCUGUUUCUUGAUAUUCAACCAAAACAGAUUUCUCUUCCACCAUGGAAGGUUACAUUCAAAGUACGAACGAAUUCAGCGAGACCAUACACAUUUUGCAGUAUGAAGCUGGGGGAUGCAGUAGAUCGCAAGUUUGUUUACAACAAAACACAGAAUAUAACAGACACAGCACCGAUAGUGUUUUCCUAUUCGUACACUAGUCUUGGAACACAUACUGUGGAUGUUACAUGCUCGAAUUACAUUUCAAGAAAACCAAUGACUGAUAAAGUGAUCGUUAUGAAUUCUUGUUUUGAUUCUAAAGGAAUUUUUGAUCGCAAUCAUUCUAUACCAACACAUCCUAUGAGAGUCUACACAUCGAAGAACUUGUAUAUUUCAAGCAGGAUGAAUAUUUUUUGUGAAAAUGAAAAUCCUAAUUUCCAGUGGCAUAUAUAUCAGGCAAAUAGCACUGGCAAAACAAAUAUAUAUAUUCCUUAUGAAAAUCCUCGAAAGGAAGGACAGGGUACACUGUUGAUAAAAAGAAACACCCUGUCAGAGGGGCUGUUUUAUUUGUUGCUUAAUGUGUCUCUCAGUAUCACGUGGAUAUCGGAAUAUACGUAUCUUCGUUUCUUCACACCUCUCCCUUAUGCUUACAUAGUCGGUGGUAAUUACGUAAUAGGACCAACAGAUCUCAAAUUCGACGCUCUAUCGGAAUCUCAUGUGGCAAACGGGGAGUUUGGAGAUAACGAAAACUUAACCUUUUCAUGGAGUUGCAAAAGAGUUCAUCAUACGAAUUUUAAGGAGCACGAAAUACUUCUCGAUGAAACACCAACAGGCGUGUGUUAUGUGAAGGAAGUAGCACGUGGGAUUGGCCAAUUGAAUUCUCCCGUAUUAAAUAGUUCUGAAUACGCCGUUACAGUUACCGUUUCUGAAGGGUCGUCUCUAAAGAACUUUACACAGAUUGUAGCAAUCAAUAAUGGACCAGCAAAGCUACAGAUCAAUUGCAGUCUAAAUUGUGGUAAUAAGGUUGUUGUAACUUCUAAACUGGCUUUGGUGGCGUGGUGCGGAUCUUGUCAACAGAAACAGAAUGUUUCGUAUUUUUGGCAGUUGUGGAAAGACGAAAGUAAAACAGGCCGAUUCCAGCCAUGGGAAACAUUUUCAGGCACUGACCAACAAAGCCUUGUUCUCCCUGAACUUCUCUUAACGCCUGGCAGCAGAUAUCUUGCGACUGUAUUCAUUACGGUGGGUAAUGCGACGGAAUUAAAAGGAAAAGUCUACCGGAAGUUGGACACUAAUAGAGCACCUGUUGGAGGUUCCUGUUCCGUCACGAAAAGAGCAGAUACAUCAUUCGCCCUUUUAAGCGUAAGUUGUUUAGACUGGACAGACCCGGAAGGAGAUACAGAGGCAUUCAUAUACCUUUACGAAACAGUCACAAGAAGAAGUUUAUCACAUGGACCAAAAGACAUCGUCAGUUUUGUGUAUGAAGGAAGUGAAAGCAGCAUUUUGGAUGCUCCCAUUCAGGCUGGAGAUCCAGCUUAUGAUUACCUGGUGACAGUGAGAGUGCGGAUUUUUGAUAUUUACGGAGAUUACGGGACAUUUUCUAUGGAGAUAACAGUAGAACCACCCUUUCAGCCUAGAGAUGUAAACGAUGUAUCGACAAUUGAGUCUUCUUUUAGUACUUUCGAUACAACGUUCAACCAUUACAAUAUAUCGGGGAAUGAGAUGCGAACGUUGAAUUUAAUAGGAGCUGUUGCAUCCGGCUUCAAACAAUUUCCCUAUAAAGACAGAACAACAACAGAAAAAGAAGUGGAAGCAGGUAUUGAGUCCAUAAUAAUCGACAACUCUGGGGGAGGUCCAGUGUUUCUUAAUUAUCAACAGAAAGUCGUGAAACUGCUAAAGCUAAUGAAGAGAAUCGUCACCCCAGGUUGUGUAAAUUCCAUCGACAGAUUCAGAUUAGCAGAUAUGCAACAAAUAUUUAGCGUUUUAGAUGCCCUGACACGCUACCAGCCAUACUUGCUAUUGGAAGCAGUGAACAUAACCUCUGAUAUCAUGGAUACUGUGGUUGACUGUUUGGAAUAUGGAAGUCGAGGACGCCCUCUAUCGACACGCUCUGUUGACAGUAUAACAGCUAUCUCUCAUGUUUUUCAUCGUGUUUUGGACAAUGUUUUGAACAAAAUGUUACCCCAAGCUCUGCAGGACUUCACUGGGGAUCUCUUAGAGGAAGAUAUAAAAGCGGAAAUCAUCAAAAGAAUCAGACGCUAUCUACAAGAAACCAAUCUUUUACGACAAAAUCAAGGCAAUGUGACGUUAGACUACCGACUGAUAGACACCCAAACCGGGUUCCUUUAUAAAAUACGAUCUCAUUGGCGAAAAGAGCAGAUUCAACAAAGGACAAUAGCAGAAAAGUACGUCCCGAUCAUUAAAAGGAUCCUUUCUGUGUUAAUAAACGUCCUGAAGAAGAUUAUUGUUACUGGAGAAAAACUUUACUUGAAUGGUCUACACGUUUUGGAGAUAAUGAUAAGGAAGUUUUCCUUUGACGAUCUCUCACAUAUGACGGAUGAGUUCUUUUCUGACGUACACAGAAUAAAUGAAUCGGACAACCAUGAUCCCUUCAUAGCAAUAGCGGUUUCUAAUUUCCGGAAGAACCCCUACAUAUAUGGCGAAAAUGCGUCGAUGGUGACCUCAUCUGUCCCAGUUGUGGAAAUCCCUCCGACUUUAUGGGUGGACUCAAAGGUUCCUAAUGUGGGCGAUCCGCAAUUCAAAAAAUACAUCCCACUGAUAAACCCCCGAUACUCGGAACAAAUGAUUUAUUUUACUUUUGACGUUGUAAAUGAUGGGGACGCAGGGCUGAUAUACCUAAAACCCGAUGGAUUUGAUUUGUCCAGCGAGAAUGUGCUCUUAUAUUCAUUCUAUUUUAGUUCUGCAACUUUUCCAACAUCAGAUGUGCAUGAUUAUAAAAAGGUAUUGAAAGUGAGAGAUUGGACUAGAUAUGGAUUCAAAGUCUUCCUGCCGGGGGGUAUAUGUGGAAAAGGACUGUGCUAUCUCGGCAUAAAACCUCUCAAAGCUCCUGAUCCCGACGAUUUCUCGGGAUCCAGAAAGAGACGAGCAGCAGACCCUCUUCCAACGACGGGACCCCUUGAAAACGCGGGCGGAAAUGGAAAUGCUUCGGAUUUUAUUCCAGUAGAAGCAAACUUUAGUGUUAUAUUCACAACCACUGGAUGUCGGACGUGGGACAACAACAACAACUCCUGGACAAUGGAUGGGUGCCAGGUGUUGCCAAUGAGCGAUCUGAAUGACACUGUUUGUCGAUGUGUUGGGGACACGUUCUCGUCUUCAUUCUAUGUACCACCCAAUGUCAUCAAUUUCCUUACCGUGUGGGGUAAAUUUGAUGCUUCCAACGCCUCCGUAUAUGGAACGCUAAUAGGCGUCUUCGUUUCGUAUAUGAUACUAGUUAUUAUACUUCGGAAACAGGACAAAAAAGAUGUAGAUAGGUGGGCAGUUGCUUUUCUCAGCGACCACAACAAAGCACAUUGCUAUUUCUAUUUGAUAACUGUGUAUACCGGAUUGCGGAGAGGAGCCGGCACCAAAUCUAACGUAUAUUUUGUACUUACUGGUGAUUAUAGUGACACAGGGAUUCGUGUCUUGAAUGACGGAAUAAAAGAGGGAUUUUCAACUUCAAGCGUGAACUCCUUUUUCUUUGGAACAAGUGAACCCCUGGGAGAAUUGAAAUACAUCCGAGUUUGGCACGACAACUCGGGUCCAUCUGGUCUCAAAAGUUGGUUUUUGAACAAGAUUACGAUCGACGACUUACAAACGAAAGAAAGGUAUCCGUUCCAUUGUAACAAAUGGUUGGCUGUCGAUCAAGACGACUGCAUGUUGGAUCGGAUCAUUCCUGUUUCAACACCAGAUACUGCUUCCUUUAACACUCGACUUUCCGACGAAACCCAAACCCAAGUGACAGAGCAUCACCUGUGGUUGUCGCUACUCAUGCGUCCUCAACCAAGCAAAUUCACGCGAGUUCAACGAUUGUCAUGCUUAUUGGCGCUAUUGUGUCUUAUCAUGAUUUCAAAUGCUAUGUUUUUUCAAUCAUCCGAAGAAAUCGAAAAUGUUGAUCAAGUGACCCUUGGAAUAUUUAGAUUUUCAUUUGCCUCGUUUUAUGUUUCUUGCAUUGGAAUCUUGAUCUCUACUCCACCAAUCAUUUUUGCAGCCUUUGUUUUUAGACAUAUAAGCAGCAAUAAAUUGGCCGCAUACAGCAUCGGUAAUUCAAAGAACAGUGCGAAGGAACAUAGCAACCAAUCCAUUGGUUCUACCUCUCAAAUCGAUGGCGGGGUUUUUAAUGAAAAACGGGACAAACUACCCCACUGGGUGUACUAUUUAGCAUGGAUCGUUGUUGGUCUGGCUAUCGUUUCGUCAAGUUUUUUCCUUGUUCUGUAUAGUAUGGAAUGGGGCAAAGCUAAAUCAGAAGAAUGGCUUUCGUCUUUUGCUUUUUCUUUUCUGGAAUCGUUAAUAGUUGUCGAUCCUGUAAAGGUGAUAUUUUUAGCCAUGAUUUUGACAACAAUUUUGAAAAAUGUGAUGCAAGAAGACACACCCACAGUAGACCUUACAAAAUUGCGGUCAAUGGCUGUACAGAAUGGCGUGAAUCAAGAAACAAGACUUUCAGAUUUAACGAACUACGUUUUACCAGAACAUGAUAUAUUUUCCAAAGAGGAAAUAAACGAUUUGAGGAAAAAAUGUCGAGAGGAAUCCCAAGCUAAAACGGCGCUGAGGAAUCUGAUCUUGUUCAUAAUAUACAUCAUCGCAAUAUAUGGAAUCAGCUUUAUGCAGCGGGACCAACGAUCUUUCAACAUGAAGCAAAGCCUUGACAGUUAUUUACUCUCAGCGAAUAAAGGAUUUUUUGCUUUAAAAGGCAGAAAUGACUUCUUUAAUUGGAUGAAAGAAGCAUUUAUUCCAAUAUAUUAUCCCAAUGAAAGCUAUGCACAUGAGCCCUUGUCAGUUUUGGACAGGCAGUGGUUUAAGGAUAUGGCGAGUAUCCGUGUUGGACCAGCACGUUUACGCCAAGUUAGAAUGAAACAUGGGACGUGUAUUUAUACCGACAUUGCAUGGGCUUACCCUUGUGUGAACACCUACUCUGAAACGGAUGAGGAUCAAAGUUCGUAUUGUCUGGGUUGGAAUCCUUACGAUGAAACAAUUUGCGGAAGUGAAGGGUACAAAAGUAGGUACUACACGGCCGAUGCGUGGCAAUACAUAGACGCCAGCGACAUCUGGGGAUUCUCAAGAAUGGGCGAGUACAAUGCAUACAGCGGAGGGGGGUAUAUUCUAAAGUUUGUGAAAAACAGAGAUAAUGCCUACUUACUACUAGAGGAGCUAGUUCAAAACGAUUGGAUCAAUAGAAACACACGUGCAGUUUUUCUGGAGUUUACAAUAUACAACCCUAACGUGAAUCUGUUUGUAUAUGCCGUGUUCCUGGUGGAAUUUUCGGAGAUCGGAAGCUCUUUCACAUGGACCGAUACACAAGCCUUUAAACCUGUUCUGCGAUUAUCGUCACUGAACUUCAGCCUUGUUGUGUAUUAUAUGAUCUUUCUGUUUUAUUACAUUUUUCUGCUUUUCAAAAUACUUUGGCACUUUAAAAAGGAGGGUUUUCUGAGGUUUGUGAGAGAACCUUGGAAUGCCGUGGACUGUAUGUGCACUCUGUUCGCCUGCUCCUGUCUGGUGACGUUUGUACUAAGGAUGAAGUACACCAACAAGGCAAUGGACAUGUUUUAUGAGGACAAACUUUCUGGUGCCAACCGUUUCAUAAACUAUGGACAUAUUGUCAUGUGGGAUAAUGUGUUCAAUGUAUUAUUCGCUAUUGUUUUAUUUGUAUCUACCAUACAAAUCUUGAAAAUAUUAGGAUACAACAAAAGAUUCACGGAAGUCAUAGCUGUUCUGACUAAAGCCGGACGGGAUCUAUUUGCAUUUGGUAUCGUCUUUGUGAUAAUAUUCGUUGCAUUCGUAUUAUGUGCAUACCUUCUUUUCGGCUCAAAAUUAGAAGCUUAUAAGUCUAUAUAUGACACAUGUGGGACUCUGGCUAACACAUUCAUUGGUAGAAAUAAGCUCGAUCCCGUGGUUGUUGCUGCACCUUUAGCCGCCCAGUUCUUUUACACAACGUACGUUCUGUUUGUGAUCAUGAUCAUGCUGACGAUAUUCAUGUCAAUCCUGAACACAAGCAUCUCAGCCGUCAGAGCGGAGACAGCCGAGACUGCUGCCGCUACAGGAAUGGUACAGAUUGUAAAGAAGUCGUUCAGAAACUUUCUAAAUCUUUUCUACAAACCAAGGAAUAAUAAAGAAACGAAAGAGAGAUGUGCACAACGAACAAAUGAAGAAAUCAAUGCUGCAAACGUCAUGGGGCUGAUUCGAGACAUAGUGACAGUGUACGGAAAUACUGGAUCAAAACAUGUGAAAAGAAAAUACGCCCAAGACGAAGAUCAGCGCUCAUUGCUGUUAAAUGACACACCAAUCCCUUCCUUCAAAUUGGAUCCGCCCAUGGAUGACGUAUUUAUUGAAAAGUAUAUUGUUGAAGACCAGCAAGAAUCGCCUGGAGUCAAUAUGGACUCAAACGAGACUUGUCAUAGUAUUUCGCGAUUGUCCAGCAUAUCAGCGUCAAAUGUGGACCUGUUCUACAUGUAGGCGAUAAGGGCAAAACAACAGCCAACAGACAAAUAAAGUUGAACAUAAUAUGAAAUUCUGAAUGCAAAGAGUAUGUUUUAAUUGAUGGGGAAUUUGAUAGUUUGAUUUCAGUAACCUCUCACUCCGUCCUAUCAGGAAAGUCCAAGGUUACUGUAUAUCCCAGCGUGUAUCAGGAUAGCUGGUGUUUCGGGUAGUUUAAUUGUUAUAUUUACGCACAAAAGACUAUACAACAUAUAGCAAAGUGUGUUAAUACUUAUUUUAAACAUUUUACUCGUUGUUUCACAGAGUUUAAUUCAUCAAGUUUGCCAUUUAAUGCAUCUUCACACACAAUAUCAAAAGAACGUAUUUUGGUUUUAUACUUCUAAUCAAUGCCACCAACGUUAAAGAUAUUAAAUUUUAAAUAGUAGUCCUGUUUCAAAUGGAAUGAUGGAAUUUAUUAAUUUAUGCUACAUUGAUUUUAGGAUUACGAUGUUUACUCUUACAGGGCACCGUUUGAGAAUGUUAUAAAUGAUACAUUUAUUCACAAUAUAUGAAGUUUCACAAUUUAUUGGAAUAUGGUAUUAAUCAUGCAAGAGUUUGAAAAAACAACGGCGUUAAAAUACAGCACUCGUUAGAAAUAAUACCCAAAUAUAGCAUAAAGUGCACACUUCACAUUGUUAUUGAAUAUCUCUUUAUCUUUUUAUGAUAGUUUAAAUAUCAAACUUUUAAUAAUUCAUUUGUUUUGAUGUUAACGAUUGGCGUUAUAUUGAUAGCACCAAGAAUCCUUUCAAUAAUAAAUGACGAUAUAUUA